UGCUGUUGCUAUAUCUCCCAGGUGGCCUUUCAUCAUACCAUAGAGCUAUACAGCCAACAGCUUACUACUCAGUAGUUGUAGAAUAGAGGCGCAGCAAGUCUCGGUGUCACCUUAGUCACGGGCAAAGAGACGCUGCUCUCGUGAAGGUGUUCGCCGCUUUGGAGCGGCAGGGGAUAACACAAAAGAGAUGGCGAUCCAUGGAGGACUGCGAGUCUUUGCGAAGCUUAUAAUCGUAACUGGAGCCACCCUUUUACUGCUGGGAAUCAUUGGGCUUGUGGUUGUUGCCCAUUCAAAUGAUCACUACUGCGGCAAACAAGGGUACGGUGUGGUUUUUGAUGCCGGUUCAUCACAUACAUCGAUGGCAAUUUACCAAUGGCUUGGAGAAACCACAAAUGGAACAGGAAUUGCAUCUGAAGUUGCUUAUAUCUCAGACUGUACUGAAGAUGGAAUAGCGACCCGUCCUGAUGACCAGGAGGCUAUAGCCGCAGGCUUAGGGCAAUGCCUCAACACAGCAAAGCUAGCUGUACCCGAUUUCAGUCACGAGUAUACCCCUGUUUAUCUGGGUGCAACGGCGGGUAUGAGGAUGUUAGCUGAAACAUUUCCAACCAAGACCGAUACGAUCAUGAAAACAAUCCGGAAGACUCUGGCUGACAGUCCGUUCAGCUUCGAGGAUGAGCAGAAACAAGCUAGGAUACUCACCGGGCAAUCGGAGGGAAAGGACGGGUGGGUUUCCGCCAACUACCUCGCUGGCAAUCUCGGAGUGGUGCCUGCUUCUGGUAGCAAAAGCAGUAUCUUUUCACCGAGGAAACCUAUUCCACCCAGGCCAACAUUUGGUGCUUUAGAUUUUGGAGGAGCGUCUUUACAAAUCUCUUUCAUACCGGAAGAUCCGAGCAGUGUACCCACGAGCAAUCUCGUCAAACUCCGCCUGUACGGCACGGACUACCAAGUCUACACACACAGCUAUUUGUGCUACGGAGCGAACGAGAUACGAAGGCGAUUUGAGGCAUCUUUAGUAAAAAACUCUGGUUACUCGAGUGUGUUAUCGAAUCCCUGUUCGCCCAGCGGUUACUCCUACACAGUGAGCGGGGCUGAUAUAUGGAAAGCCCCUUGCAGCAGCGGCCCAGCGGACAUGAUGGAUGACGCCAUUUUUACACUCAACGGGACAAGUGAUCCAGACGGGUGUUAUAAUGCGACCAAGAGGCUGUUUGACUUCGGCGCUCCGUGUGCCGAGCCCCCGUGCUCCAUCGACGGCGUGCACUCACCACUUCCCUUCGGAUCGUUCAAGGCCUUCAAUGGCUUUGCUUAUACUUCAAAUGGUGUCGGCUUAUCUUCAACUCCAACGCUACCUGCAUUUCUGAACAAAACCCGGGAAUAUUGCACACUAACAAUUGAUGAGCUCAACCGGCUACCGGAACAGUUUAAAUUCAAACUCAGGUUCUGCUUCCAGGGUAUGUACAUUCGAAUCAUACUUCUCGAAGCCUUCAAGUUUGAGGAGAGUAACUGGGAUAUGGAGUUCACAUUAAAGGUAAACAAUGUACAGCUCGGCUGGUCGCUAGGCUACAUGGUAGACGCCACCAAUCGGCUACCCGAGGAAAGGCCCUGUGUGGGACUCCUCCAAGCCAAUAUGAUCGGUCUUCUCUUCAUGUUGGUCAUGAUCAGCCUCUUAGGGUUGCUACUCGUUGUCUUAGGAGUCAAAAUAUCAGGCAUGGCUUCACCUCCUUCAUAUCAAGCUGAAGUCGUUUAACCUUUAAGAAUUAUCGAAAAUUAGUAUCAAAAUCUGAAAUCCUUUUUACCGAUUGAAAGACUAUUUUUAAUUUGAAUAAAUUAGAGAGUAAUUUUUUUUGGCGAUGAACAAUGUAAUGGGUAGUAAUUCUGGACAGUCUUGAAAGAAGAUUGUUUGAAGUAAUGCCCAAUUUGUUUAAGUAUAUUUAAUCUCAACUAAACUAUUGACAACUCUGUCCAUUCUAAGAUUUUUAUCCAUUGUAGAACAGCGCCCAGGUUACCAUUAAUUGGGCAUUUCUUGUAAGAAUUUUCAUCCUGAAAUAUUAUUUAUUUAAAAUAUAAAGUUAAAAGAGGCUAUAAUUGGUGUUGCCAGGUAGUUAGCUUAAGUUAAAACUAUAUUUUGUGGAAAACUUUCGGUUUGUUCGGGUAUCGAGUUCCAAUCCUUUAGUUUUUCUGCAGUAACAUGGUUGGGCUCAAGCUUGUUUUAAAUUAAAUAAGCUUUCCAUUUACCAAUAUAAAGGAGACACGGUAUACGGUAAUUGAAGACUCAUUGUUUUAAUAAUGUAUAAGACAUAGGCCUUAUUGAGAGGAAUUGAGUAGAUAAUUCUUUAUAGAAAGGACUGCGGUAGCACCAUGUAAUGAUAAAUGAGUCUGGGUAGAAAGAACCGUUGUUUUCAACUCGACGUUUCCAGAAGACGAUCAGAGCAUACUGAUCGAAACGUCAAGUUGAAACCAAC